AUGUCCCUCAUCAAGGCUGCUGGUCGUGACCGUGAUGUCGACCGUGCAUUUGGUAUCAUCCAACGCCUUCGUGAGAACAAUGUCAAACCGGAUGCCAUUGCCUUCAACUGUGUCUUGGAUGUUUGCGUGAAAGCUGGCGAUAUCCACCGUGCCAGACAGCUGGUUCAAGAGAUGGAGGAGACGUUGUCGAAUGAUAUCAUCACCUACAACACCUUGCUGAAAGGAUACUGCAACAAUAACGACAUCAAAGGUGCCAAGGACCUGCUGUCUGAGAUGUCGGCCGCAAACUUCGAGCCAAAUGAUGUUUCCUACAACUGCAUCCUCAAUGCAGCUGUGAACUGCGGCAACUUUGAAGACGCGUGGGAUACCAUCGCCAAAAUGGAACAAAUGAACGUGAAGCCUGACCACUACACUGUGUCCAUCAUGCUGAAAGCGCUGAAGAGAGCCAAAGGCACCAAGGAUGUGCAUCGCUGCCUGAGCUUUUUGGAUCGCUCCAGCAUUGAUCCCUGCUCAGAUGAGAUUCUGAUGAACACUGUGUUGGAGACCUACAUUCGCCACAAGGAAUACAGGCGUUUGGAAAGCCUCCUCAGCAAAUUUGAGCAGUCAAACUUGCGACCUUCAGUUCCUACUUAUGGCUCGAUCAUCAAGGCAUACGCAAACCUGAAGCGCCCAGAGAAGUGCUGGCACUUUUGGAAUGAGAUGCAAGGCCAGCGAGGCUUGGAGCCCAACGACAUCGUCUUCGGCUGCAUGCUCGAUGCUCUCGUGUGCAACAACCAAGUGGAUGAAGCCGUGAAGCUCUUCGAGAGCAGCACUCUGAAGCCCAACGCCGUGCUGUGCUCCAUCCUCGUGAAGGGCUUCACAACCACAGGGCAGACCCAACGUGCCAUGUCUUUGUGGCAUGAAAUGCGCAGCAAGGGCGUGAGGAUGAACACAGCCGCAUGCAACGCCUUCGUCGAUGCUCAAGCUCGAGUUGGUAACAUGGAUGAGGUGCUGCUCAUUGUGGAAGCCAUGGCGCAAGACGGUUGCAGGCCAGAUGGCAUCACCCACUCCACCAUUGUGAAAGGCUAUGCCGUGAAAGGAGAUCUGGACAAGGCAAUGGAUGUCUUGCGCAGCAUGCAGGACAGUGGCAUGCACCACGAUGCCAUCGUGUACAACACCAUCCUUGACGGAUGCACCAAGCACAAGCGAACAGACCUUGUGGACCCAAUCCUUGAGAGCAUGCAGGAGCACCACAUCAGCCCAACCAACUUCACAUUGGGCAUCCUGGUGAAGUUCUACAGUCGCCAGAAGCAGCUGGACAAGGCAUUUGCAUGCAUGACUACCCUGCCGAAGCGUGGGAACUUUAUUCCAAAUUGCCAAGUCUGGUCUUGCUUAAUGGGAGCUUGCCUGAUGAAUGGCAGUCCUGCCAAAGCGUUGCAAGUGUUCCGUGACAUGCGUGCUACAGGGCAGAGUGCUGACACAAGGGCUUGUACAUCACUGGUGUCGGGCUUGGUGCGCAUGGGCCAAUUGAAAGAUGCCGUGCAGGUGGUGGAUGAUGUGCUUGGACUCACCGGCAAAGGCAAGUGUCAUGGUGUUACCAUUGACCAGGAUUGUUUGGAGAGUUUGUUGACUGCCUUGGUUCAGAAAGGUUUGCGUGAAGACAUGGCAGCACCGCUCUUGGAACGGCUCCGUGCAGCCCAUGUUCCGCUGAGUGGCCGUCUGAUGGCCGCAACCCUCGCUGACGGACCGGACUAUGCAGGACCUCCAAAUCCACGCUCAAAAUCAAAGUCUAACUACUACGCAUAAGCCGUGUGAACCCCACUGCCAUGUAUAGCAAGCAGUGCACCAGAUCCCCUGAGCUUUGCAAAGCGACCGGCCGGAGUAGGCGGUUGGCAGCUUCCCAGCGGUUCGUCCGCUGGCACCUUGCCAUGAGUGGAGAUGCAGGAUGAAAA